AUGCAACCGACAAAAACUACACGCAAACGAGUCUCGAGGGCUUGUAAUCUUUGUCGCACGCGCAAAGUGCGAUGCAUCAUUGAGAAUCCGACUGAUCCUUGUGUCAAUUGUAGACAUAACGACAAGGUCUGUACGUUUAAGCGACGACAUGGAAUAAUAUCAUCAACUCCUCAAUUGCGACCGAACGGACCUUUACCUCCCCGACCAACCCAACCCGACACCAACAAACCCAUCGAACCCUCAUUCCAACAACCACUACCGAUCACACCAACAACAAUACCACCUCCCGCAUCAAUCGCGUCGUCCUCAUCCUUUCCCGACUCAUCCGUUUCUCAAAAUGUCGCCACGCUAUCAGGCCAGCCAUGUCAUCCCGACUACGCGUUCCUCCAAGUCCCCGACACCAAAGACCUUCUCCCGCAAGACCUCGCAUUUCUCGUCAGCCAAGGCUGUUUUAUCGUCCCGCAACGAGAAGCGCUGGAUGAUUUCCUGAGGCAGUAUUUUUUGCAUGUGCAUCCGAUGCUUCCGAUCUUAAAUGAGAAGGACUUUUGGCUUUCGUAUAACUCGGUGGAUUCGGAUGUGGAAUAUCAGAUGCCCAUGCUCGUUUUGCAGGGGGUAUUGUUUAUUUCCUCGGGAUUUGUUUCCGCUGAAACGAUUAAAAUGCUGGGCUUUCCAGAUGUCCAUCAAGCCAAACUUGCGUUUUACCGACGAGCAAAGCUCCUCUACGAUUUCAGCUGCGAAAAAUCAUGCAUCGCUAUAGCCCAAGCAUCUCUCCUUCUCGCCCACACCCAUCUCAUCCCGCGUUGCAUCGCAGGCAACAAACCGCUGGGUUCAAUCUGGCUCGGCAUCGCCAUAUCCUACGCCCGCGUCGCCAAAGCCCACUGCUACUCUUCCCUCCGUCCAAGCCGCGAUACAGAAGUCGCCAAGGUGCAAAAAGCACGCAACACGCUUAAACGACUGUGGUGGUGUUGCAUCAUCUGCGACAGAUUACUACCGCUCACUUCAAGACAAAACAUAAAAAUCACACCCGCAAAUUUCAGUUUUUCAGGAUGCUCAGUGCUUGGAAGCGCGGAUUUGUGCGAUGAGCUGUAUAACUCUGAUGUCUAUGACUCUACGACGAAAACACUGCAUGCAGAGCUUCUGGCAAAGUUGGUGGAUCUUUGUGUAGUGCUUACAGAUGUUUUGGGCGUUGUUUCUGUUCUAUACAAUAAUCCAUCGUGGAUGCUUUCUGGGAGAAUGGAGGUGGCUAAGGAUGCGAGUCUGUGUCAGAUUGAGUUGAGGAGGUGGUAUAAUGCUUGGGGCGAGACUAAAGCAACCCUGGAAGAGAGGGCGACCGAAGAUGGGUCACAGACUGAGUCUAUUAUCUUGUUCAAGAAUCUCAUCGAGAUGUACUAUCAGUACAGCUCUGCUCGGCUUUCGGUCUGCCACUACAAUAUCCUCCGAUCAAGUCUAUUACCACCAUCUGAAUCAGAAGGCCAACUUCGACGACAGAGCGAAGACCUUCAAGGUUCAGCAUCUCGCGUGACAGAAUGUCUCCUCGAAUUCGACCGUCUGGGCCUGUCGCGAUGGCUCCCCAUGACAGCAAUCGGAUGCACCGCCUUUCCUCUAGCCCUCCAAAUGAUCGAUGUCGAACUUCUCCGCCCGAAGCAAAAGUCCAUAGCCCAAGAAGGCGGUAUUCUAACGCGAAAACAACAACACGUUGAUAAUCUGGUGAAACAAAUGAAGAGCUACAAGAACAAGUACUACAUCACAGACUGGGUCAUGCGCGCUAUUCGCCAUGUUGUGGAGCUUGCGCAACAAAAAUCACCUGCACCGUUUACGACAGAAGAGGAUUCAUCGCCGAGCAGCUAUCUCGACAUGCUCAAGAACAGGCCAAGUUACUACCUCAGGCUCGUUAUGACUCUGGAUAUGAGUAUCAGCAAUGGCCGAUUACCGGACGAGUGCGACUUUCCACCAUCGUUGAGAAAAGCUGGUCGUGCUUUUGCUAGAUCACAACAAAAUUCUACAUUACCGAUGGACGAAGAUUCGAGGAAACGCUUUUCUGCGAUGAAUAAGGAUCUCAUACCAGAUAACCUUACAACUCAAAGCGGUGUCUUAUCGGCGGAUUUACAAGAUCAUGUACAAGCGCAAGACGCCAUCACGGUAGACCAGGAAUCGUUCUUCAACAACAAACAGUCAUUUCCGAUAGACCUGACAGCUGCGUUGUGCGAGAUUACGAAUAUUCCACCUCUGGACUUUAGCGACAUGCCGUUAUUGGACUCGUCACAUUUCAAUGAUCUUGGAGGUGUACCAUUUUGGCCUUAUGAGUUGCUUGGUUCACCGCCUGAUAACCUGGGCCAGUCGGAAGAGGUUAGCAUGGAAGAUAUAUUCUCUGGAAUAAUGGGAGCUGAGAAUGGAGAACAGAAUUUUGAUGAAGUUUCUACGCAGAGUGGUGGGCCGGUUGCGCUGCCGGUGGACUCGUUUUGA